GGAGGCGGCCAUUAGCCGGCCUCGGGGAAGUCGCAUGGAAUUUUCAGACGGAAUCCGGAGGCGCGUCGAAAGCUGGUCCGUCGCAUACCGUAAAGACGGCGAAUACCAAUCCGGGGAAGGCCGUCGAUCGAUCCGGAAUCGGUACUUGGUGUGGCCGGUCGGUCCACCCGGGGCUCGUGGGAAGGACAGGGAGCCGGACCCGCCAUGCUUUGCGGUUUUUGGCUCCCCCCCCCCCCGGAAACGUCCAGAAUCCUGGACAGCCCCCCGUGAGCCGUGGGAGAGGUUCACUCCCAAAAGCACACAAAAAACCAAUUCUCGCAUCCCCUCGUAAUCCCAGCGUCUCGCCCGACGCAAAACGAACUUGUUUCCCGCACUUCCCGUGCAUAUUCUCACUGCCCUCCCCCCGUGCGCCUUCCCCCUUCGUAACCCCCGUAAUCCCCUGACAGGCCGCCUAAGCCGCCUAGCCCGCCCCAACCCUCUCCCAGCCCACACACACGCAGCCGAGAAUCCUCAGCUCCCACACCGAAAUCCCAGGUAACCCCUGUCAGUAGGCGUGGCUACCGAACAAAGGAAAUCGGCCGCCCACACGCGAACAAGUUUCCUCGGUGAACUUGUCAACACCGAACCUUCCACACCGAACUUCAACACCGACAACCUUCCACACCGGCGCCGACGACGACACAGCACCAGCACCGGAACCACCACGACGACCACCACGGCCGUACGUUGAGACAGUAUAUCACCAACCACGACCACCACCACGACCACCGCCGCUACAAUGCCCCUCCACGGUGUGGGGCUCGUCCUCACCGUCUGUGGUGCGGCCUGCGUGUUCGGGUUCCUCGGGGGCCUGGCCCAGCGCUGCUACAUGGAGGCCCGUUCCCGCUCCCGCGCCCAGCACGACGCCCGCGAAGCCGCCCGCCGCGACGCCAACCGUGGCUGGCCGUCCGCUCCUGCGGAUAUCGAGCUGGGCCCCAGGCGCCCCAUCGUGUGGCUUGAUGGGCAGUUGGCGGCCCAGACGGGGGUGGGGAGGGGUCGGGUCUUCAACCCGGAUGCCGAGGCCAUUGCCGCGAAUGGGAGGGAGGAGCGGGGGGGGUUGGGGUGGACGACGGUGUAG